AAACAAGCACUUAGUAGUGGGGAUGUUGUAGUUUCAAUGAGCAAGGCAGAGGCAACACGCCUGAUAUGGACAGUGAUGGUGCAGAGAUGGCAGGAACAGUGUAAUAGUGAUACGAAGGGCAGGCAUUUAUUUCCGAAGGGCAGGCAUUUAUUUCAAGUAAAGAGGCAAGUCAGGGAGGGGAGGACGCACAUUUAUAAUUCUAACAGCUUUUUUGUUGGCAGAGUAUUUAAAUGUCUUAAAAUAUAGUUCAAUGGCUUUUUGCAAGGGAAGAAGAAGAAUAACCAAGCAAGAACCGUGGUCAGACUAAUGGAAGGCGUGUCUUGUCACGGCAGACGAAUCAGGGGUCGGUUUACUUGUUCCUAGCUCGAUAGCUUUGUCAAGUUAGCUAACAGCAGCUCACGGUUGUGGACAGCAUGUCCAUUCAACACUUAGGGAAACAGGCAACAUGCCAUGAAAUCUCAUCAAAUUCACAACGCAUAUAGAUACCCGUUAUAGCUACGCUAUAAACUAGAGGUGGUCAGGAUGGGGGAACGGCCUGUUGUUACCCCCUCAGCUGGGAUCACUCCAGUGCAGCAGAUGCUGGCCUCUGGCACUGGGGCGCUGCUCACAUCAGUGUUCGUCACACCACUGGACGUGGUGAAGAUAAGGCUGCAGGCCCAGCAAACACCAUUCUAUCAAGCUUUAGCUGCUGACUCUGCUUCAUGGAGUGGUGUAAUCCGCCCCUCCAAAUGGAAGUGCUUCCUGUAUUGUAAUGGCCUGAUGGAUCACAUCUAUGUGUGUCAGUAUGGGGCCAGCUGCACCAGCUGGUACAAAACACCAACCCACUUCAGUGGCACCCUGGAUGCUUUUGUGAAGAUCACGCGCAACGAGGGGGUCAGGUCUCUGUGGAGCGGGCUGCCUCCCACACUGGUGAUGGCGGUGCCUGCCACGGUCAUCUACUUCACCUGCUAUGACCAGCUCAGAGACUUACUGCGCUACGGCAUGGGGUUCCAAGGCAACUACAUCCCCCUGGUGGCUGGGGGUCUCUCUAGACUGGGAGCAGUGAGUGUGAUCAGCCCAUUAGAGCUGGUGCGUACCAAGAUGCAGUCCCGGAAGCUGACCUACAGCGAGCUGAGGGUGUGUAUCCGCUCUAGUGUUGCCCAGGAUGGCUGGCUGUCCCUGUGGAGGGGCUUGGGACCCACCGUCCUACGAGACGUCCCCUUCUCAGCCCUGUACUGGUUCAACUAUGAGCUGGUGAAGGCCCAUCUGUGUGAUCAGUACAAUGUGUCUCAGGCCACCUUCUCCAUCAGCUUCACAGCAGGGGCCAUCUCUGGAGCUGUUGCUGCCAUCAUGACUCUACCUUUUGACGUGGUGAAGACACGAAGACAGAUCCAACUGGGAGAGAUGGAGACACUGGGAGUCCCUGUGAAGUAUCCCACAUCCACAUGGCAUAUCAUGAGGGGAAUUUUGGCUGAAUCGGGAUACAGGGGGCUCUUUGCAGGUUUCCUACCCAGGGUGAUCAAAGUUGCCCCAGCCUGUGCUGUCAUGAUCAGCACCUAUGAGUUUGGGAAGAGCUUCUUCCAGAAGAUGAACCUUGACCGGGAGCAACGGGCCUGCUGAGGGGCUGUGUGUGUGGAGAAGCAGGGUUGGCUACCUUCUUCUGGGGCAGAAUGGGAAGACCAAAUGCAUGGUUGAGCUGAGAUGAGUGGAUAUUCUUAAUGUAGCAUUCUCUCAUAUUGAUUUGUCAUCUGACCAAUGGUAGCCUACUAUUCAAUGUCCAUUUUUGUGAUGGGAAUAAAUACCAUGUAGGUA